AUGGAUAAAACUAAAGAGGAGUACCAAGGUGCCAGUGUGUUGGGUCAGUUCGUCACCAGGUUCAUGCUAAGAGAGACAUCCAGUCAGCUGUUCUCCCUGCAGAGCUCCCUUCAGUGUGCCAUGGAGGCUGUGGAGGAGCAGAGCAGCCCCGCUCCGAGGGAGGUAAAGGCUCCUGAGCUGACAGCGGUACAGAAAAAUGGCAGGCGGUGUGGUCGUAGGGUCCAUAACAACCUGUGUGUGUCUUCAUCGGAUCCCUGYACUGGGACACCAAACACAGGUGUCAACAUAGAAGAUGAAGAAAACUGGUGCUCUCAGGUCAACCGACUGCAGCAACUUUUGGAUAAACUGGAGUGUCAGGGUCCGAAGUUGGAGCCGCUCAAGGAAGAUUCGCUCGCCAGCACAUACAAGUCUAACAUCCUGCUGGUUCAGAGGCAGAUGUCCGUGAUAGACGAUGAACUAGAUAACUUCCGGAAAGUUCUCAGCAGCUACAUYGAUGCCACUUCAGCUCACUCUGACAACUUCCAUGUGUCUGUUCAGAAGCUCCCGGGAAAGUCGUGUUACAUAAUKUAUGAGUUCUGGCAAGACCGCAUCUCCUGGAUGAGCUACCUUCAGACCAACAGCAGCAAAGAUUUCCAACGCUGUAUCAUUGACAUGAUGGAGGAUGCUGAGAUGGUUUCUACCAUGUUGCUGCCAGGUCUGUGA